AUGCGAAUAAAACUCGAAUUUGAAGAAUUGUUAAAUACUCAACGCGUCUGGUUUUCCAUAACUGAACAAAGGAAGCAUGAUUCAAUAAAAAAUUUGGAAAAAUUCAUUACACGUGUAUUUCAUUUGGAGGGCAUAUGUCCAAAUGGUAUCAUUUUGGAAUUGGAUGAAUUUAGACUUUUUCCAGAUUCAGAGGUCGGUGAUUUGAUCAGAGAAGACAAUUUAAUUAGGCAGAAAGUACUUUCAGAGAAAAACAUACGUCCUUCUUUACAAGUUUUCCAAAAUAAAUCUAACAUUAAUAAACGUGAUGAAUCAAGAAAAAUUGAAAUUGAUAAAUGUGACGAAUCAAGAAAAUCCGAAACCAAUAAAUAUGAUGAAUCAAGGAAAUCUGAUACCGAUAAACAUGAUGAAUUAAGAAAAACUGAUAAAUUGUUGUGGGAAUCAUCCACUAAAAAGAGAAAAAAUAAUGGGUCAAUUAAUAAUCAUAUUGAUUCUUCUUCAGAAUCUGAUUUAUCAACUGGGAAUACUAAGAAAUUUAAAACUAAUAUAAUUGAUUAUCCUAAUGGCGAUCAAAUAAUAAGAGAGGUUAAUGGAAAAAGCAAAGGUGUGGGAAUAGUACAUAAUUAUCAUAAUUUUAAUUCUUCAUCAUUAUCGAAUAAUGAAAAUAGUCAAGAUACUUUAACAUCAAUAGAAACUUCUAUUAAUUCUUCAUCAAUGAAUGAGAUUGGUGUAAAUCAAUUAGAAAAAGAAUCAAGUGAUGAAAUGGAAACAAGUGAUUCUGAAGAUAGUGAAAAUAAUGGAGAUAGUAAUGAUUCUAGUAACGAUAUCUCAAUUGAUCAAUUAUCAGGUUUAACGGAUAAAAUUCAUCAUUCUAUGGAUAUUGCGGAUAAAUGGAUUCAUAAAUCUAAUGGUAUAAUAAAUUCAAGUAUUAUUUCUGAAUCGAAAUCUACAGAAAGUCAACAAGAUCAACAAGGGCAACAAGAAUUAACCCCUAAAAAAAGUACGCAAGCAAGAAAUCAAAGAAAAAAAAAUGCCCUGAAAAAGAGAGAAGAAAUGAAUAAAAAAAUGUUGUCAUUAUCAAAUGAAAUUAGUAAAACUAAUUCACUUAAUUCCGAAAAUUCCAUUUUAAAAGAUCAAUCAUAUUCUAAUUCAUUUCAUAUUGAUGAAAAUCAAGGAAAUACCAGUAAUAUUUCAAUUGGGAAAGCGUUUACUGAAACAAAUGUUAUCCAAGAUACAAUUGUCACAUCUAAUUCAAAUGAUAAUUCUCAAAAAUCAAAUGAUUCUUCACUUUCUAAAUCGUCUAUAAAGUUGAAACCACCAAUGUCACUUUCUACAACUUCUAAUAAAAAAAAAGGAUAUUUUCAAGAUAUGAAGAAUAGAACACCUAUUCAUUAUAGAUUUACAGGUGCAGAAGAAAUUCAAGAAGGAAAGGAAAAUUCCGGUACAUCUCAAAAUAUUGUCGUAGAUUCCGAAGAAACACCAUCAAUCAAAUCUACUAAUAAUAAGAAUGAUGAUGAAUAUGAUGACACAAAUUUAGGAAUAAUUGAUGGACACGAAACUCAACAACUUCCUUUACCACGUGCCAUAAUAACAAGAGUUGACAUUUCAAGUCAAAAACAAAAUAGCCAAUUACAGAAUAAUGGAAAUAAUGUGCAGCCAAAUCUAGGCGAAAAUAAUGUAAAUAAUCGAAAUACCAAAAACAACAACAUCGUUCAGACUACACAAGAACAAGAUAUUAAAAAAGUUGAAUUCGAAAAAAUGGAAUUAUAUCAAGGUCGACCCAAUAUUAAUGAUGUUAUUGCGUAUAAGGUUUUAGAAUUUUCGCAGUUAACUUGUACACCGGAACUUUCCUCUUAUGAGAUUGUUGGUUAUGAUCCUAUAGCAAAUAAAGUAACACUUGUGAGAUGUAAAAAAUUAGACAAACAAACUGUUACGUCACGUAACAAAUUUCAACUUGAAGGAUUAGAUGAUGAAUUCAUUCUUGAUGAUCAAGAAUCAAGGAUUGGAGUCUUUACUAUUGGAUGGGAUGAACUACAUCAAGUUAGGAAGGUUGUUAGAAAUGAAAAAUGA